CUUGCACUGAUCCGUCUCCUGCUAGACCUGCUCAAACCGUCCGUCAACCUUUGCGCUUCCCCAAGAAACGAGACACAGAACCAAGACCACAAUGGUUAGAGCCCCAGUCGACGAUGAGUACGUCGGGCCACCCCCCUGUGGCAGCGGCCACGAGGAGAUCGUCGUCCGCGAGACCAUGGAUGAGAAACUGGCGGCUUUCGGUGCGAACCGCUGGCCCAAGGUGAAGUGAGCAUCGUCCCGAUCUCUUCUGUUUGGACUCGGUAACCCAUUGGCUUUCAUAGUCCCGACGACACCGUCAUCGCCGUCAUGGGCGUGACGGGUUCCGGCAAGACUUCGUUUAUAUCCCACUUUGCCCCGGAUGCCAAGGUGGGCUAUUCGCUCGCGUCUUGCACUUCAGAGGUGGGGAUUUACGACAUCACCGUCGACCAGCACAGGAUGUACUUGAUAGACACGCCGGGAUUCGAUGACACAAACCGCUCCGACACUGAUAUCCUCCGCGAGGUGGCUGACUGGCUGAACAAAGCGUACGAGGGAGGCAUCAAGCUGGCGGGCAUCAUAUACCUCCACCGUAUCAUUGACAACCGCAUGAGCGGGUCGGCGAUGAAGAACCUCCGCAUGUUCAAGAUGCUGUGCGGAGACGACGCCCUCUCGUGCGUCGUCCUCGCCACCACCAUGUGGAACCAGGUGUCGACCGAGCAAGGGGCGCAGCGCGAGCACGAGCUUCGCACCAAACCCGAGUUUUGGGCCGGCAUGAUCAGCAAGGGGAGCAGAGUGAUGCGUCAGGACAACGGGGCCGAGUCGGCCAGGGAGAUACUGCGGUGCAUCCUCUCCCAGCGACAUCGUGUCAGCCUCGAUCUGCAGCGCGAAAUGGCCAGCGGCAAGACGCUCGACCAGACGGCCGCCGGUCGCGCGGUCCAGGCCGAGAUGGAAGCCAUGGAGCGCAAAUACAAGAAGGAGAUGGAGAAUCUGCGCCGGGAGAACGAAGAGGCCCGUCUGAAACAGGACAUGGAAGCUCAGGCAGAGAUCGCCGCCAUACGGGCCGACAUGGAGGACAGGUGGCGCAAGGAUGUAGAGGACCAUAACCGCUUGCGCGUCGACAUGGAGACGCUACGCGCCGAGCGCGCCGAGGAAUUAGCCAAGGAGCGCGAGUUGGCGCACGAGCUCCAGUUGCAGCACGAGAAGAAGAUGCACGAGGCCGAGGCGAAGCUCGUCGCGAGUCAAUUCAAAACGUCUGAAAUGGAACUGAAGCUGAGGCUCGCCACCUCGGAUGCUGAGAACGCCAAGCUGCAGCGUGAAAAGGCAGAGCUGGAGCGAAAGGUCGAGGAGGGUUGCUCGGUGAUGUAGUCUUCUCUCUCUCGGGAUGGCCUGGGACAAUGUGGGUAUGUGCCCUCGGUGUAAACAUGAAUGCAGAAGCCUUGUUUAUGCUCGUGAUUCAAAAUCCAUACAAUGAGCUCAGAAACUUGACAG